AUUAUCAUACAUUACGCAGGCAACUCGAUUGCCUCUGUGAGAUGCACAUCAUUGUAUUGUGUAUUUUCGAUCAAUACUCUAAAAAUUUUUUAUGAUUUGAAAUAAUCCAUGAAUGUGAAACAUUUAAAUCGAAGGAUAAACGGUGUGUUACCUGGUCAAUUAUUAUUCUGCUCUACUAAUUUUUUGUGGCAGGAAUCUAACUGAGGUGAACCACUCCCAACUAGAUGUCACUAGCUUUUCAGAAUUGCAAUCGAUAAUCGUCUCCAUGUUAACACUCCAAAUAGGAUGUUCGGCAAUCAAAUUAAGUUUGGCCUGUUGUUGAUUCUGUUAAUUGGUUUGAGAUUGGGUCGUCCUAGAGUGUUAACAAGGAGAAGCAUUUCUGACGAAUCUGUGACUAGAUACUUGACCGAGAGAAUUUGUGUUUGGAACGAAGUAUGCAAGGAAGAAUUUCAGAUUCAUUUCAAAUGUAAAUGUCCAGAGUUCUUCUUUUGUAGGGCACCAGGAAGGUAUUACAAUGCAUUUUGUUCAAUGACUGGCACAGGAUACAUCUGGAUGCAGCCUAGUUUCCAAGCUGCAGAUAUUUGAAUAGAGCAAUAUUUUUUUAUAUUCUGUAUUAUGUUCUCGCAGAAAAUGGAAGUGUAUUAAUAAAGAAUUGUAUCGA